GUAAACUUGCAUAUCCCUAUGAACUUGCACUGGCUUAUGAAGGAUUCUUGCCCCAGCUAAUAUGGCGGACGCGCUGACGCAUAGCAUUAGCACAGUGGUGUCUGGUUCCUCGUCUCACAGUCUGAACCAUGUCUAUGGAGAAGCCAUAGAUUCCAGAGUUGGGUGUGAUCUUUCCCACUCUGAUGAUUGUGCAGACGUUAGUGUGCAAGGCUGUGACUCUUCGUCUGUGCGUCAAAGUCAGAUUCACCUGGUGGGCACCUAAGAUGGCCAGACCAAGCUCAGAUUUAGCAGCAUUUCGUAAAGACUUCGCUAAGGCCAAGCACAUUGCGAUAAUCACCGGAGCUGGCGUCAGUGCUGAGAGUGGAGUGCCAACCUUCAGAGGAGCUGGUGGCUACUGGAGGAAGUGGCAGGCUCAGGAUUUGGCCACCCCUCGUGCAUUUUCUCAUGAUCCAUCACUAGUUUGGGAGUUUUAUCACUACAGGCGUGAGGUUAUGCGUAGCAAGGAGCCAAAUCCAGCUCACCUGGCUAUAGCCGAGUGUGAGGCCCGCCUCAGCCAGCAGGGCCGCUCUGUAGUUGUCAUUACCCAGAAUAUUGAUGAGCUGCAUCGUCGAGCAGGUUCCAAAAACGUCCUGGAGAUCCAUGGUAGUCUGUUUAAAACUCGCUGCAUGAGCUGUGGUGAAGUCAAGGCCAACUACAAGAGCCCUAUAUGCCCUGCUUUGGAAGGGAAAGGAGCACCUGAUCCCAAAGCCAAAGAUGCCAGAGUACCAGAAAAGGAUCUACCCAGAUGUGACGUGAAGCGGUGCAAUGGUCUUCUGAGGCCUCACGUGGUGUGGUUUGGAGAACCGCUGGAUCCUGAUAUUCUGGCCACAGUGGAUAAAGAGCUGGGUAGAUGUGAUCUCUGCUUAGUGGUGGGUACCUCCUCGAUAGUUUACCCAGCAGCCAUGUUUGCUCCUCAGGUGGCAGCUAGAGGAGUGCCUGUGGCUGAAUUUAACAUGGAAUACACACCUGCCACCAUGAACUUUAUGUAUCAUUUUAAGGGUCCGUGUGGCAGCAUGCUGCCUCCUGCCCUGGCACCCCAUGAGAGCGAGAGUGUCUGAGGAAUCCAUCAGCCCAGAGCACCUGGUCCAGCACUUUAUAACAAGCAACACGUCUCCUUUGUGUUGUUGAUGAUGUUCUGUUAUGUCCAGUCACUGUACUUGUGUUCUAUUUGAUGUGAAGGCAAACUGUGACCUUUGACAAGAAAUGAAUAAAAUUCUAUCUUUGCCUUUUA